AUGUCGUCAGUAAUAAAGUUUCUCAAAUCAGUGUCUACGAAAAGCAUCACUAAAUCCUCAGCAACCUCUCUAAAGUGGAGUGACAUACGAAGGAACUAUGGAGACAAACCCAAGGCAGGCUCAUCGUCAAAACAGGUUAUGGUACAAGGAACAGAAGACAUUCGCGUGCGCGUGCGCCGAGCUCGGCCUGCUGAUAUACCUCGCGUGCUUCGAUUUGUAAAAGACCAUUCCCGACUCGCCUGGCCCGGACUGGUCGGUAAAAUCCCAGAAACGAAUAGUCACAUCGCGAUUUCUGAUUAUGUCGCGAGAACAUUGGCUCAAGGUCAUUCGAUGCUAGCAGAGCAACAAGAAGCAAAGCGAGGCUGGUCGCAAAUCCGAGGCCUUGCUCUCAGUACCUCCGUAUGUCCGUGGGAUGCCACCAUGUUGGAGAAAUGGGCUCGGUGUGUGAGAUGUACUCGAUCAAGGAAGCUGAUGCUGUUCACUGCUCACUGCUUGAGAGCGCCGGGCUUACAUGAUAAAUACAGAGUGCAUAACAUAAUGCAGGUAGUAUUGAUGGUGCCACCUAACGCUCCUAAGUCUUCAGAAAUCAUCCAAAUGUUGGCGAAGAACUCAAUACAGCGCGGUAGAGACUUAGGCUUUCAAGUGCUACGUUUCGACGUAACUGACGACCCUGUAGCAAAAGUACUGGACAGUUUACAACUAAAGAAAGAAUACGAAUUUAACUACGAAGUAUUACCAAAUGCUAUAAAGAUAUUUUCAGACGAUACAAGCAAUAACGCAUCUGAUGCAAAGGAAGGAAAAAAUAUUAUAGUCUACACUGCAUUCACUCACGCUGAUAAAUCU